AUUUGGUUCAGUGUAAUUCAAAAUUUUAAAGUGUUCCUUAACUGCAGUAAUAAAGGCACAACAUGAGUCAACGAAUUAUUUUACUGGUCUUGCUUUGCUUGCAUGUAACUCUCUCAUUUGCUGAUUCCGUUGACGAAGAUGAGAAUCUGCUCACGAUCGGUCUGCUGCAGAAAUAUGGUUACCCGCAUGAGAAUCAUACCGUUGUCACUGAGGAUGGUUAUAUACUAAAUAUACAUAGGAUACCAAGACCCGGAGCCAGGCCAGUUUUUCUGAUGCAUGGCCUAAUGGAUAGCUCAGCUACUUUUAUAUUGAUGGGCCCCGGAAAGGGCUUGGGCUAUUUACUCUAUGAGCAGGGCUACGAUGUCUGGAUGGGCAAUUCGCGCGGCAAUACCUAUUGCAGGGAGCAUGUCAAGUAUACGACAGAUGAGCAGGAGUUUUGGGAUUUCUCAUUUCAUGAAUUGGCUCUCUUUGAUCUGCCAAUCACCAUAGACUAUGUUCUGCAGUUGACCAACUAUACCAAUCUGCACUACAUUGGCCACUCGCAGGGCACAACUUCUUUCUGGAUUUUGGGCAGCGAGCGACCCGAGUAUAUGGAGAAAAUCUUGCUCAUGCAGGCUCUGGCGCCCAUUGCCUUCUUUGAGUAUUGCAAGAGUCCGAUCGUGAAUUUUCUGGGCGCAACUGAUUUGACCGCGAAUCUCGUUUCACGCUUGCUGGGUCCAAGUGAAUUUUUACCAUCAGACGAUUUCUUAAACAUGUUUUCAGAUGUCUUAUGUAAUUCCUCGCCACUUGGCCUGAAGCUAUGCAAGAAUGUGCUCUUUCUGUUUGCGGGCUACAGUCCAGCACAGCUGAAUGAGACCAUGUUGCCUGUGAUACUUAGCCACGAUCCAGCUGGUGCGUCUACCAAGCAGGUAAUGCACUAUGUCCAGUUUAGAGCAUCGAAUGAAUUUCGCAAAUAUGACUAUGGUCUUUUGAGGAAUGUAGCACUUUAUUCGAGUCCUUUUCCGCCCAAAUAUGAUUUGUCCAGGGUCACGGCCAAGGUGAUUUUAUACUAUGGUCAAAACGAUUUGUUGGGCCAGCCCGAAGAUGUUUCCAGACUCUACUUCAAGUUGCCCAAUGUGGUGCUCAAAUAUCUCGUGGACUAUCCCAGAUUCAAUCAUUUGGACUUCACGUGGGGCAUAGAUGUACCUGAGCUGCUCUAUCACCGAAUGUUUAAGACUAUGCGUUAUUUUGAAGGUGCUGCGCUUAAGGAGGAAGAGGCUGCGGAUAAAUGAGUGAAGAAUAAAAACAACUUGCACUUAAGACGCAUUAGAACAUUUUAUGCAAAUAUAUAUGAAAUAAAGUUUUCCAGAUAAAAUAA